AUGGUGAUAACAGAGGCCGACGGCGAGUCGUCGGCGAGAAAGAUACAACGUAGAGCACCAACGUCGAUCCAGUCUUUAAACGGCGACAUAUUGUGCAUAAUCUUUUCUUUCCUAGAUUUAGUUGACCUCGCCUACUCUAACGUUGUCUGCAAUUCCUGGAAUGCUGUAAUCAAGAGGCAGAAGCUGAUACAAGCUUCAUGCCGGAAGAUGCAGCAGCUCGGUUCCGAAUUCCCCAGCAGCUCCGCGUCGCAAGAGCGCCCAGCUGAGAUAGACGUGGAGAAUUGUGCUAUGAAACAUCACAAUUUAGCAUUGCUACGAGGCCGAAUCGAUAUUGAGCGAUGGGAAGCUCAUUCAUACCGGGUUUCUCAGUGUCGGAUGAAGAAGGGUUUGCUUCUUACUGGUGUAGGUGAUAAGGUGAUGCGCCUCUGGUCAUUAGAUAGUUACAAAUGUAUGGAAGAAUACUCCCUUCCUAAUGCUGCUUCCUUGAUUGACUUCGAUUUUGAUGAGAGUAAGAUUGUUGGCUUGGUUGGUACCCGCAUAAGCAUAUGGCGGAGAAAUGGACAACGAAGCAUGUUUCCAUCUCGUGAAGGCACGUUUCCUAAGGGCCUUUGUAUGCGUUACAUCGACCCAGAGGCUGUAGUUGGAUGUGAGGAUGGGACAGCUCGUGUAUUUGACAUGUACAGUAAGACAUGUUCACAGAUCAUUAAGACUCACGGUGGGCCAAUAACAUGCUUAUCUAUGAGCGAUAAUCAACUGUAUCUUAGCGGAUCUUCACUCGGGAGAGUCACACUAUCUGAUCCUCUGUUGGAUCAACCAGUGGCUACUCUUAAAUCCACAAUAACUGCAGGAGGUAUACAAACCAUAUGCUUUAACCAAUGCUCUAAUCUCGCCUUCUCUGGAACAACUGCUGGAUAUGUUUCAUGCUGGGACCUCAGGAAAAUGAGACAGUUGUGGGAAGAACGAGUGAGUCCUAAUGUCGUCUACUCAAUACAACAGCUACGAAACGAUACAUCGGUUAUGGUUGUUGGUGGAAUAGACGGUGUGCUGCGAGUGAUUGAACAGAAGAGUGGAAGAGUUCUCUCUAGCUGCAUAAUGGACGAUAAGGUCUCAACAACUCAGAAGAGAAGGAUUGUCGAGAAAAGGAGAGGCAAAAGAGUUUCUGAAGACAUUGAAAUUGAUAACAUUGAAUGGAGAAAUCGGUCUCAGAUCAGUUGCUUAGCGAUGGGAAUGAAGAAGGUAGUUACAGCUCACGGUGGUAAAUUCAUAAGCGUAUGGAAAUUCAAUCUCUCAGGAGGUCACAAGUAG